AUGUAUGAUAUAGUACAUAUUGCUUUAGUGUUGCAAGUUCUACAGUUUUUGUGUGACCAGUUCCUUCAGACAUCAGUAGUAAGAGAGGACUUGUUAAGUGAAGGUAAACUACGUUAUGAUGACCAUUGCCGUGCCUGUCAUAAAACUGGUGACUUACUGUGCUGUGAUUCUUGCUCUGCUGUGUAUCAUUUAGAUUGUGUUGACCCACCGCUGCAAGAUAUACCAGGAGAAAUGGAAGACUGGACUUGUAGUGUUUGUACUGCUCAUCAAGUUGAAGGAGUAACUGAUUGUAUCUCUCCUAUGGAAACCUCAGGCAACCUAUGUAGGCAAGAUCCUUUGGGAUUUGAUCGCCAUGGACGUAAAUAUUGGUUCUUAGUGAGAAGACUUUUCAUAGAAUCGGAGGAUGGUGAAAUAUGGUAUUACACCACACAAGCCCAGUUGGGGGAAAUUCAAAGCUUGUUAGAUGCAGCAGACUUAGAAGAAGAUCUCUGCAACACAUUGCAAGAAAUUCUUCCAGAAAUGAGAAGGCAUAUGGCUGUUACAGAGUCCCUCACCGAGGAAAACAAAGGAAAUCGGAAAACAUGUUUAGAAAUUGAAGAUGAUUUUGUAAAGAAAAGAUGUGAAGAAAGGAAAGAGAAACAACGCAAACGUGAACAAGAGAAUGCAGACAAACUCAUAGAAGAGAUAAAGGAAGAGGUGGAAGUGAAGGAAGAACCUAUUGAAAUAGGUGAAAACAAAGAGGUGGAAGUGAAGGAAGAAAUAGGUGAAAACAAAGAAAGCAUUGACAAAUCUCAAGUGAAAGAGGAACCCGAUGAUAGCAAGGAUGGUAACAGCAGUCAUGUGUCAGGUUUAGACCCAGUUACUGGCGAAAUGACUGAUAUAUCCAAAUCGGGAUUGAAAAAUAACGCUAGUAAAACUGUAGAAAUUAAGACUGAGAACCCUGCAUCCUUAGAUUCAAAGCAAAAUGUGGCUGAUGAAAGUAAAGAGAAAUGUAAGAAGGAAAUAGAUAAUAUUGGUUUGCUAACAGAAAUAAAAAUCAAGAUAUCUCAGAUGAAUAGUUCCACCAAGUGGUAUCGUCUGGGAUGUGAUGGAAAGUACAAAAGUUAUGUGAAUCAGUAUUCAUCUAAUCCUUUAGCUCUCAACAAACUUCAGCACAAUGAAGAAAGAGAUAAAAAAAGACAUUUAUCUCAUAAGUUUAGCUUGACACCAGCAGCAGAGUUCAAAUGGAGUGGAGUAUUGUAUGGAAAUAAGGAAUCUCUCAUAUCAACUCUCCGACACACCAUACUGUCAUUAGAACAAAGUAUCUCAUCACAUCUAUUUCACCCUCACUGGUCCAAUGUCCGUAAAGCCUGGAAUUUAGCGGUCAUGUCUUCAAAUGAACCUGUCAGUUUCACCAAAGUUUUGAUGUGGCUUGUUGCUUGUAUAAAACCAGUGGUGUUCAAUUCAGUUUGGCAUGACUCAUUAGGACAUGUUAGAUUUAACAGAGUGACAGCACUUGAGAGGGAAGAAAAGAAAAAACAGGAAAAAAGAGAGAAAAAGGACCCAGAUCAAGAGGAACUUCGGCCUGUCACAAUUGUGAAGUAUACGCUGGGUCUAAAGCAUCAGGUAUGGAAAUUGAAAGGUGAAGAGUACCGAAUGCAUGCCAUGUGGGGAUGGCAAUGGCUUGCGUCUCACAGGCAAACAAAGCAUGUUCCAAUGUCAUCAGUUGGAUUACGUGCAGGUCCUGACAAGUAUAUGGUCCCUAUCAAGGGUUCUGCUGGUCUGCAAAGCCUGUCAGUUAAUCCUUCCAUCUUUAAGCAGUUGACUUUGAAAACACCAUCCUUGAAACCUUCUCUGCUCUCUCCCAAGCAACUAGCUGCAGAAGCAGAUUGUUCUGAAGCACCACCAGAAGAGAAAAAGAAUGAAAUCAUCAUUGCAAGUGCAAGUGGUCAACAAAAAGUUGAAGUGGGAACUGUGAAGUUAGAAGACCUCUUUGUGGACGGAUUGGUAAAUGUCUCCCAAGCUCUAAAUUCAAAAUUCAGAUUUGUUUAUCCCAAGGUUGCUAAGGCUUCUGUUCUUGACAGUUUUUUAAAUCGUCGUAUAGCAUUACGUUCUCAGGAGGAAAAAGAUCUGGCUAACAAGAAAGUACAAGGUUGUGAUACAAAAGGAGAGGAGGAAGAAGAUGAAAUUGAUGUUGAAAAUGAUGAUACAGAUGCAACACUUAGUAAUGAGUCUGAUCAUGAGAACAUUGAUGAGAUACCAGAUUCACAGAGGUCAACAAUACAUAAACAAAGACCAGCAGGGAAUUUGCUUAAGGAAAUCCGCACCUUAAAAUUAAAGUACGAAACUAUAGACGAGCUUGAUAGCAAUUAUUCUUGCUAUUCAGUGAUAUGUAGAAAUAGUGAGCGAUGUCAUUGUUAUUCUCCCACGUGCCUGUUAAAAAUGAGAACUAAAGACAAGUUAUUGAGUAGUGUAAAAAAUUAUAGAAUAGUCACUAGUAAACCUGCUCCAUUUGAUGAAGUUGGAGCACAUAGCCCAGUUAGAUUGACUAACAUAGAUGCUGAUACAAAUUCAGUGACAAAGGUAGAAACUGUGAGUGAGUCAGUAACGACUACAUCUACAAGUACUGUAACAUCUGUGAAUGGUCAAGUUAUAAAUACUACAGUAUCAAAUUCAGUGGAAGUGUCUCAAGUAAAGUCAGAAAAUACUGAUUCCAGCGAUGGGAGAUCAUCCAGAGCCAGUAGUGAAAUUAAGAUUAGAAUGGAUGAAGAUAUAGAUGAAACUAGCCAAGGUUCAAUUAGUACUGAAAGUAAGUUUUCUUUGAAAAAUAACAGAAUAUACAGCAGUGAGAGUACUUCAGGAAAGGUGUAUUUGAAGAAGCUCUCUAGUGAGGUUAAGCGGGUAAAAAAACUUCAGUAUCGUAUUCCCCCAUUGUCAUCAUUUAAAAUUGGAAAGAAAAAUGCUUCUGUUGACAAAAGACUUAGCAGCCUCUUAGUGUUACCUAGAUGGGAAAUCAGGAUGCUUGCUAGGAAAGGAGGACGUUUUUAUGUUAAUGGAUUUAACCAUAAUGCUAAGGCAAAUAACAGUGUGUGGCCUUAUCCUUGUUCAAGACCAGCUUUCAAAACUGUGUGGCAGUACCGUACAUCUAUCAUGCCUACCCUCAAUUCAGUGGCAAUGCAGUUAAGAAUAUUGUGGGUAUGCCUUCGCUGGGAUGACAUGCAGGAAAAAGGUCCUGGUGAUGGUCGUAAGCAAAUUACAACCGAUGUGGAGAUUGUUCAGACAGAAAUUCUAAAAAGGAAGCACUAUAGUCGUUUCUUGGAGAAGACCGAAUAUCUUCGAAGGAAAGUUACAAUUCCUUUUGAUGUCCCAAAACCUGUGCGUGAAUUCACUCCUUCUCAGCGCAGUGGAUUACGGAAAAGAAGACGCGCACAGUCACCUGUUAACAAGGAGCCACAAAGUGUUGAAGAAUGGGUUGAAGAAGAGAGGUUAGAUUUGUGGGAGAUUCGGUUCUUUGGUGAACGCUUAGAAAGAGCAGCAACUGUUAGCAAAAGAUCUGUUGGUGAACGGGGAGAGUGCAUUCAAACAGUAACAACUCGAGGCUCUUCACCAGCAGAAAUACGUGCACGUAUGGAAGAGCAGCUGAAAAUACAAAGAGCCAAUUUCAACCAGAAAAAAGCAUUAGAAAGUACACCACCAGGAAAAGGAGGGAUAGUUAGAUUGUCCAUAUGUUCAGCAGGAACAAUAACCACAGCUACUGGUACUAAACUGGCUAUACCAUCCAAUCCUAAUGCAACCACUAAAGUUGUGCAAGCCGGGGGGUCAACGAUAAUGACCAUAGGUGGACAGCUUCCUAUUGUAUCUGGUAAAAAAAUCAUGACAACUAGAGAUGGUCGUUUUAUCACAGUACAAACUACUCAGACUCCUAACAGUGCUAGUGGAUCUUCCCAACAAUCAUCAGGGACCACAGAUAAGAGUAUAAGUUUAGGGAGUAGCACUAUUUUUCCUGUUGGAGGUGCACCAAAAGUUCAGGUAACUUCCCAGGGAAACAAGGUCAUACGAUUACAAGCAGUAGGUAGUGGUGGUGGUCAGCGGAUGAUAUUACCUCUCUCUGCUAAUACAACAGUAGUGCAAACACGAACACCAAGGCCAACAACUCCAAUGUCUACACCAACCAGUGCGUCCACAAACACUAACACGCCUUCAACACCCUCUGGUACUCCUACCUCUGGUCCUAGAGCACCAGGCCAGCAAAUUCAAAUUAUAAGACUUCCAGAUGGACAACUUCAAGUAAGAGGUUUGUUGGAAGGUCAGCAGUUAGUCCAACGUUCAGAUGGUAAAUUUCAGCUUAUUAAUAAAUCACAAUUGCCCUCCAACAACCAGUCUUCUUCAUCUGGUACCAGUGCAUCUCCAGCUAUUCAAGUUACUCAACAAACAAAGACUGUCCAACCUUGUGCAGUUUCAAGCAGUUCUAAUUCUGCAUUUACAUCAAAAGUCAACUCCACUGCCGCAUCAUCCACAGCAAGUACCCAUGUCACAAAUACUUCUGGUAGUCAUGUUGUCAAAGUUAAUGGCAUGCAGGUACUUCUCAAGCAGUUGCCAGAAGCAAAGCAAGUUGUAACUGUUGGAGCUAGUGAAGCUGCAGCAGUAUCCACUUCAUCUACGAAUAGUGUUCGAGCAGGUAUCUCUCAGAGUGGACACACAUCUCCGAGAAUUAAAACCAUGCUAGCUCCUGAUGGCACCAUGGUGAAGACAGUAAUGUCAACAACAUCCAGUUCUUCAGCAAUAUCUCCAGUUACCACAACUGCUGCUACAAACUCAACAUGCACUACUACUAGUGCUAGUGGAGAGAGUCCUGUGACUUCCAGUUCACAAAAUAAUAAUAACAACACAACCUCAGGCAGUAGUUUAAAGCUUAAGGUUCAAGUUCGCAUGACAGAGCAGGGACCCAAAACAAUUAUUCAGGGACUUCAACCUGGAGUUGGUCUUACCAAAGAUCACAUCAUGGCUAUUCAGCAGCAAGUUCGGAACAUGCUUGCCCAGUAUAAUUUACAAGUGAACCAAUUAUCACCUGUAAUGACUCUAACACUUCAUGUGCCAAACAAGCAGCAAGCGCAGCCUUCAUCCACUGCUUCAGACCAACCAAAUGAGGCAAGUGAAGAAGUGAAAAAAUCAACUCCACCUCAAACAGAACCACAACAGGGACAAGGAAAUACAAAUGCUGCUGUCUUUAGGAAUCUCCUCUCUCCUCAGUCUCAGAUGGCAUCACAGUCACCUGCUGUUAUAGCAGUAAAAAAUGCAUCUGCAGAGACACCAAAUGUGAAUGCAGGUGCAGAAACAGAAUCUUCAGAGCAAGUACCAGCUGCUCAAUCUCCUAGUGAAGAUGGCCUUUCUUCUCCUAAUCCCCCCAAUAAAGAAUUUGUUCUUACUCAGGAAUAUAUUCAGCAGGCUAUAAAGUCUGUUCUAAGUCGUGAUGACCUGAACCCUGAAGUAGAAGAGAAACUUAUGCAGUUACAAAAAUACAAUAUUGAACAGACCAAAAAAGAAGAGACGCCAGUUCCUGUGGGAGGUUCCAACACAUCUGCCUCAACAAAUAGUACAUCCAGAAACUCUGCUGUUAAGAGAUCAAGAGAUCAGGAUGACAGUGAUUGGGAUCCUGUAGAGGAGAAAUCUGUAAAUGUAGUUACAGUAACUCCUUCAAAACCUCGGCCAAAGAAACCUCGUUCAGAAUCACGACAAACAGACUCCUCUAAACCAAAGAAAUCAACAGUAAAAAAUGAAGCUUUAGAUAUUAGAAAGAAACAAGCCUUACAACACAAGUUAGAGUCACUCAUGACACGACAUAAGGAUUUCUUGAAAAAGGAUAUUCUAAAGAAAAGAGCUCAGUUAGAAAAAGAACUUCAGGUAGAAAUUCAUAAAGAGUUGUCAGUAGCUCGUGUACAACUCCAGAUGUUGGAAAAGAACAAGGCUGAUUCUUCUCUUCCUUCUCCAGUGUUAUCACCAAGGAAAAAGAAGACAAUUUCAGAGUCUUCUCCAUCCCAAGUUGUACCUGCAGGCACCAAUCAGCUGUCUCCUGAAACCUCCCGCUUAACACAGACCACCUCAGCAUCUCAAAACAAUAUUAAUAGUAACAAAAAUUCUUCUAUAUCGAAGUCUCCCUCGUCAAAGCCGUCUUCUAAAUCUGCGUCCGCGAAGAAAGCAUCGAAAAAUAAGAAUAAGAAAAUUGUUUGCAUUUGUCGAACUCCAUUUGAUGAUACCAAAUUUUAUGUUGGCUGUGAUUUGUGUGGUAAUUGGUUUCAUGGUGACUGUGUGGGGAUCACGGAGGCUAUGAGUCGCAGUAUGACAGAAUAUGUUUGUGAUGACUGUGCAAAUGCAAAGUUGAAUAAGGAACUCUUCUGCUUUUGUAGACAGCCCUAUGAUGAGACACAGUUUUAUAUAUGUUGUGAGCAAUGUGAGGACUGGUAUCAUGGGAAGUGUGUUGGAAUUAUGCAGAGUGAAGCUGAUGACAUUGAUGAUUAUAUAUGCCCAAAAUGUGACUCCAAUAAUGUUUGGAACUACCCCUGCCAGAAAACUCUAUCAAGCAAGGAUUAUGUUGAGCUAAAAAAACUAACCAAAGGACUUAUACAACACAAAAAUGCUUGGCCCUUCCUAGAACCUGUUGAUCCAUCUGAAGUUCCAGAUUAUUACAAAGUUGUGAAAGAGCCCAUGGAUCUGAAGACUGUGGAAAACAGAGUAGAAAACAAGUCUUACCCACGACUCGCACAGUUUAUUGGUGAUGUCAUGCUAGUGUUUGAUAACUGUCGCCUUUAUAACCCACCAAAUUCUUCAUUUUGCUCGUGUGCAGCAACUUUAGAGUCAUUUUUUUGUCAGAAACUCCGAAGUCUUAAAACACGAUUGAGUCAAAGGUAGUGAUAGUUUCAGUGACUUAUAGUUUAAUGUGAAAUUUUUAUGAAUUUGUCUCUUUCUUUGCUGCAGAAUACUGAAAAAUCAUCCAAGACAAAACUGUCAUUUUUAACUCAAGAAUCACUAUUUGGUAUAUGCAGUUGAAGAAAUUGUAAAAAGCUCAUUUAUUUUGUACAUAAUGUAAAAUAAAUUUAUUACAAAGCCCUCAGUUGUUGAAGGAACUCUUACCUAUUUUCAAGUGAACCGAGGUGCAUUUGCAUCCAUUGAUACUUGUCCUACCAGAUUUCAUUUACCUCUUGAAAUUAAAGAGAAAGAUGAUCAUUGUAAAUUAGUUGAAUUUUGGCAGCUUUGUUAAAACUGAUGGUUAAAACUGAUGGUUAAAAUUUAAUAUUCAAUGUCCAGUUUUGAGUAUUUGGAAAAUUUUUAUCAAACUUGAUUGCAAAUAAAGACAAUAUUUUGUUAACUUUUUUGAGAUCAUUAAAUUUUUGAUAUUAAAUUUAUUAUCAGAGUUGUUAGUACCACAGUGCAGGUUUUCUAUCUGCUGUUGUACAUUAUUAUGCAAUAGACUAAUAGUGUGUACUGUUAAAUAUUGUACAUAGAAUUUUUAUGUACUCAAGCGUACAUUAUGUCUGUAGAAAAUGCAUACCAGGUACACUUUGCAUUAUCAAGAGGCAUGUUAUUUUUAUUCAUAUCAUAUCAGUAAAAUUAGCAUUAUACAGACAUAUUACUAUAGAAAUUAUUGUAUGUAGCCAAUAACAUACCUGUAGAUUUGAAAAAAGUUGCAAUUUUUGUUAAAAUCUCAGACUCACUUAUGUCACAUUCCUAUUGUAAAUACUUUGUACCACAAUUAUCGCACAAAUAUAGUACACUCCUUCUCUGAAACAUAGUAAUUUAUAUGUAUGAUGUGGACAGUACAACCUAUAAUUAUAAAAAAGAAGCCUUAUACACCUUUAAGGCAAAUAUAUAUAUAUAUAUAUAUACAUAUAUCUAUAUUAUUGUAUGUAUGGUGGAAUGAAUUUGGCAUUUCUCUUUUAAAUGUAAAAUUUUAUAUUUUGAAAGUUUAAAAGAAAUUAAAGGGAAUGUAGUUGUGGUUGUUUUUGUUUAUGCCAUAUUGGCCUUCAUGUAUGUUUUCAGGAUAGAUCAGGUUAGGUAUUUAUUGAAAGAACUUAUUUUAGAUGAAGUUAGAAUGUAGAAAUUAUUUUUGUGACAUUAAGAUAGUAAUAUUUUGUAGUGAGUUCUUUUCAUCAGUUUGAAUUCGCAUGGAUGCAAGUGAAUGGAUUAAUGGAGUGGGGGUGUAUUAAAACUUUCAAAUCUGUAAUUGCAAGAGACAGGUAAAAAAUGUUUCCCAGCUUUUUAAAGCUAAAAUCUGUAAAAGCCCAAAUUUUCAUGUAGUUACUGUACAAUAAUUUUGUAAAAUAAAGAGUUUAGCUUUGAUUGUUAACAAUAAUCCUGGCUUGUAAGCUUGAAUUUUUUUGUGAAGAGCCUCUAUAUAUAUUCUAAAGAUGAAAUAUGUAUUGUUGCCAAGCCAGCUUGUACAAAUGUAACAGGGUUCUUUUGAAUCGGUAUCGAAACCCCAAUCUCAUCUCAUCUCAUUGCAUUGUAGAUUCAGUUAAAAGGUGUAAAUUUGUCAUAAAGCAUACAUUUGAAAUUUAUCAUUACUGCAAGGUGUCCAUUGUAUGUAUUUUUACAGAUCUUCAUAAACCUUUAAUCAUAAAUCAUUGAGCACAUUUAUUGAUGUGUGGCAUUGCUAAUGUCAAAUGCAUACCUUUUAUGUACAUUGAACAUUUUCAAAUCGUCUUUGUUUAUGCUAGGUUGCAGUCCUAUGACUUCUAUGGUCUUCACAGCCUCCUCCUCUCAGCUAAGUACAAAAUUGAUCUUGUGAAGACAUCACCAUGGAUAGAUUUGUAAAAAAAUAAAAAAUUAAUUUGUAAUAAGAGUGCAUUUGUUUUAUAAAGUCAGAUAUUCUAAU